AUGGCGCGUUCUAAGCAGGAGGAACGUAAGCCACUGCUGCAGGGCGUGACGGUCGUGCACGAUGGCGCCGCGUCUGGCAAGCACACGGCUACAUGGAUGCCCGUGGACACGCCCGGGUUGGGCGACCGCUACCCGUCGCAGCAAUCUGGCUGUCUGGGCAACGUCUUCUUCUCGUGGGUCACGCCACUCAUGAAGCUGGGCAACGAACGUCCGCUGGAGAGCGACGAUCUGUUCCAAUUGGACCCGCACAACCGCGCCGCGAACGUAUCUAAGAAGUUCGCGGACGCUUGGGAGCAGCAGACGCGCUCUGGCAAACCCAGUCUCGAAUGGGCAUUGAGCAAGGCGUUCGGCUUCAAGUUCAUAGUCGCCGGCUUCCUCAAGCUCAUCCACGACUCGCUACAGUUCGUCGGACCUAUGGUUAUUAAGGAUAUCAUCGCGUACCUGAGCGAUCCGACGGCGCCGUUGUCCGAGGGACUCACGUACGCCGCUGUCAUCUUCGCGGCGGGCGUGGUGCAGUCCUUUGCACUGCGUCAAUACUUCUUCUACUGCUACGAGACAGGUCUGCAGCUCCGCAGUGCCAUCGUCACGGCCGUGUUCGAGACGUCGUUGCUGCUAUCGGCGGCGGCGCGUCAGCAACGCACGUCCGGAGAGAUCACGAACCUCAUGUCUAUCGACGCCCAGCGUCUACAGGACAUGACGCCGUACCUGCACGCUGUGUGGUACGCGGCGUUCCAGAUCGUCGUAUCUUGUGUCUUGCUGUGGCAACAGAUCGGCGUGGCGACGUUCGCCGGCGUGGCCGUGAUCUUGCUGGUCAUUCCGUUGAUGACUCUCAUCUCGAAGGUCAUGCGCAAACUACAACAGCGUCUGAUGCAGGUCAAGGACGAACGUAUCAAGAUCUGCGUCGAGGUGUUGUCGGGUAUUAAGGUGGUGAAGCUGAAGGCGUGGGAGAACUCGUUCGGCCAGCGCGUCAUGAAGUUUCGCGACGAGGAGUUGGCGCGUCUGCGCACGUACGUGUUCGCGCGUAGUGGGUCGAACACGAUCUUCAGCUUCGUGCCGUCGCUAGUGACGGUGGUGUCCUUCAGCGCGUACGUGCUGCUGGGCCACACACUGGAUGUGGGCACGGCACUGACGAGUCUGGCUCUGUUCAACAUCCUGCGCUUCCCGUUGUUCAUGUUGCCGCAAGUACUGAACAACGUGGUGGAGGCGAGCGUGAGUUUCGACCGUCUGCGCAGCUACUUUCUGGCCAAGGAGCGCACGAAGGUGGGCGAGGGCGACUUAACAGAGGUAGGCAUCUCGGUCCGAGGUGCAGACUUCAAGUGGGACGCUGCACCACCGGCUGACAAGGAGAAGAUUAACGAGAAGAAGGAGGAGGAAGAGGAGGCUCUGGUGACGCCAGUGGCUGAAGGACCGACGCUGCGUCAUGUCGACUUCUCGGCCAAGAACGGAGAGCUGCACGCCAUUGUGGGUCACGUGGGUAGUGGCAAGUCGACGCUGCUGGCCGGUAUCCUGGGCGACGCUCGUUGCAGUGCCGGCUCAGUGGCGAUUCGAGGCAAAGUGGCGUACGUCUCGCAGCAGCCAUUCAUCCAGAACGCGACGGUGCGCGACAACAUCACGUUCGGACUGCCGUUCGACGCCGAAAAGUACGAGGAGGCUUUGCGCGGCAUCAACCUUAGUGGCGGCCAACGCACUCGUGUGGCUAUCGCUCGCGCUGUGUAUCAGGACGCCGACAUUUACCUGCUCGACGACAUCCUGUCGGCAGUGGACAGUCAUGUGGGCGCUGACAUCUUCAACGAGUGCAUCAAGAAGACACUGAAGGACAAGCUGGUGGUGUUGGUGACGCACUCGCUGAGCUUCGUGAGCCAGUGCGACCAGAUCGCUGUGAUCGCCGACGGCAGGAUCGCAGAGCACGGAUCGUACAAGAAGCUGAUGGCGACGAAGAACUUGCUGGCUCAGAUGGUGUCGAACUACGUGGAGAGUGAGCAGGAAGAGGACGAGGAGAACUCGACGUCGGCUGAGAGUGUGGAGGACGCUAUGGAUGAUUGCGGUGAUGAGGAAGAGUUGGCGAUCACGGGACGUCGGAAGUCCAGUGAGAGUCGCAUGCACCGCCGUUCUCGCGUGUCCACACGGAGCGACGACAGCCAGGCUGGUGUUGAUGAUGAAGGUCAGUUGAUGGUGGAGGAGGAUCGCUCUGUGGGGGACGUGUCGUGGUCGGUCUACCGUGUGUGGAUCAACGCGUUCGGUGGCAUGUGCGCUGCCUUUCUGGUUGUUUUUGGGUUCUUCGCGGCUCAGGGACUGACUCUGCUGUCGACCGUGUGGAUCUCGUACUGGUCGGAGCAGGCGGAGAAGUACCCGGACUCUCAGAUGUACUACGUGUACGUCUACAUGCUGAUCAACUUGGCGUAUGCAGUGGUGCUGUUUGUCCGUGUGAUGCUGCUGUACGUGGGCUCACUGCACGCCAGUCGUCUGCUGUUCAACAAGCUGCUGAGCCAGAUCCUACGCGCGCCCACUUCUUUCUUUGACACGACACCACUUGGUCGCAUUGUGAACCGCAUGUCUAAGGACAUCUACACUCUGGAUGAAGCCAUUCCCGGCACGGUAGUGGGUCUGCUCAACACCAUCGUCGCCGUCGCCAUCACUCUGGUCACCAUCUCAUACAUCACGCCAAUGUUCAUGGCCAUCCUGCUACCGGUUCUUGUCGGAUACUACACGUCGCAGAGAUAUUUCAUCAAGACGUCACGGGAGCUGCAGCGUCUGGACUCGAUCAGUCGUUCCCCAAUCUUCGCGCUGCUGUCAGAGACACUCGACGGCUUGUCGACCAUCCGGGCGUUCGGUGUGGAGACCAGCUUCAUCGGCCACAACAACUACCUACUGGACAAGAACCAGCGCGCGUACUUCCUCAACUUCACGAUCAACUGCUGGCUGGCACUGCGUCUCGAGUUCGUUGGCACGUGUAUCGCUGCUGCUGCGGCUUUAUCUGCUGUUCUGGCGCACGGUACGAAUGCUGCGGAUGGGACUGCGUUCGCUGGUCUGGUUGGCGUGUCUUUGACGUACGCGUUCACGGUCACUCAGUCGCUCAACUGGACGGUACGUAUGAUCAGUCAGCUGCAGACUCAGAUGGUGUCUGUGGAGCGUAUUCAGACGUACACAGAGAUGCCGACGGAGGCGGGUCUAGUCAGCACUGCAGUUGAGAAGCCACCGCUUGACUGGCCUAUGGCUGGAGCCAUCAGCUUCAAGCGCGUUGAUCUACGGUACCGUCCUGGCCUCCCGCGUGUGCUUCGUGGACUCACGUUCAGUGUGAACGCGAAGGAGAAGGUCGGCAUUGUCGGUCGUACGGGUGCCGGUAAGAGCAGCUUGAUCGUGGGUCUCAUGCGUCUUGUAGAGCUGGACGCAGGCUCCAUCACGAUUGACGGCGUGGACAUCAGCAAGAUCGGCCUGCACGACUUGCGUUCCAACAUUGCGAUCAUCCCUCAGGACCCCGUGUUGUUCUCCGGCACGGUGCGUUCAAACCUGGACCCGUUCGACCAGUUCUCGGACGACCAGAUCUGGACGUCUGUGAAGCGCGCGUCGUUGCAGAAGGCCAUCACGUCGCUGGACGACGUCGUGGACGAGAAGGGCUCGAACUUCAGUGUGGGUGAACGUCAACUGCUGUCCAUUGCUCGGGCGCUGCUGAAGCGGUCGAAGGUGAUUUUGAUGGACGAGGCCACUGCGUCCAUCGACCCCGAGACGGAUCGCCAGAUCCAGCAGAGUAUCCGAGAGGAAUUCCGGGACUGCACAACGCUGACCAUCGCGCACCGUAUCAACACGAUCUUGGACUCGGACCGCAUUUUAGUCAUGGAGAAGGGAUCAGUGGCCGAGUUCGGGUCUCCGGCAGAGCUGCAGCGCAAACCGGACGGCAUUUUCAAGUCGCUCGUGGACGCGUGGCGUCAGAAUAGCGAAGACAAGAAAAACUAA